AUGUCGAGGCCCUCGUUUGAUGCCCUGCCGUUGUCCAAAGCCGGACCGCCCGGCAACGCUUGGGGCAUGUUUGGCGAUCAAGACCAACUGGGGAUGCUGAAUCUCUUGACCCCCCAGAAUACCGCGGCAGCCGCCCGUGAGAUUAUGGAUGGCGUGCGGGUCUCCACGGACUGGGCUCUCAAUAGCAUGGCCACUCCCUGCUUUGGCCGAUCUGCCUUUGAGCACGUUCUCAAAAACAAGUUCCCCCGAGCCGUCAACGACGAUAUCUUGGUCUUCAACACCCAGAGUAGUUCCCAGUGGGAUGGCUUUCGGCACUAUGGAUCUAAAGAAGGGACCUUCUUCAACGGAUGCACCCAAGACGAUAUUCAAAAUACAACCCGCAAUGGUAUCCACGUUUGGGUCGAGAACGGGGGGAUUGUUGGCCGAGGUGUCCUCCUAGACUAUGCGGCAUGGGCCGAGGCCAACGGCCAAGAGGUGAAUUGUUUUGCAACCCAGUCCAUCCCCGUUGACGUGCUCCAGAAGGUGGCAGCAAGUCAAAAUACCACGUUCCGCCCGGGCGAUAUUUUAUUUAUUCGCACAGGGUGGACCACGGCGUAUGAGCGUCUGUCCCCAGCAGAAUGCCAGGCGCUGGCCGACUAUGCCGCACCCCCAGUCAUUGGGGUCGAAUCGUCGGAGGCCAUGCUACGCUGGAUCUGGGAGCUGCAAUUGUCCGCGGUGGUGGGCGACAUGCCGAGCUUUGAAGCAUACCCCUGUCAAAAUACCGAUUGGUUCCUCCACGAAUGGUUGCUAGCGGGCUGGGGCAUUCCCAUCGGGGAGCUGUUUGAUCUCGAGCGGCUGGCUCAGGAAUGUCGGCAGAGAGAUCGCUGGACUUUUUUCUUUAGUAGCGUCCCAUUGAAGGUAAACACUCUGACUUCCAUCUCGAACGAAAUCUCAUUCCCUGCAGGUUCCCGGUGGAGUCGCCAGUCCCCCUAA